AUGAGUUCUCGUACGUUUGUCGCUGCACAGCCAUAUACAGCUGAGGAUCCCAGCAACGAGUUUUCUUUUGAAGCUGGGGAGCAGUUCAUUGAGGCCAACAACCCAGAGGCGAGCCCUAAUGACGCGUGGGUUUUGGUGUACCGUCCCGGAGCCCCAUCCGUCUCUAAAUAUGUUCCUGUUGACAAACUAAUAGAGGAAAGGGUCGUUUCUUCCAAGUAUAGACAGCCAAAGACGCUAAGUAGCACCAUCAGCGACAGUCCUAGUGCACGGGCUUCUGCGGCCAGCGCAGAAUUAGUUAGUGUCAUCAGCAAUGCUCCACCAUCCAGGGAUGCAAAGAGGUCUACAGUUUCAUCUAUCCAAAGGGGCGAUCCUCCACUGUCAACUGGUUCGGAUGAUAUCAAUUCAAAGCUCAGUGAUGCAGCAGCUUCGGGCAUGACAUUUGGGGGCACGCUGGCAUCGACCUUCAAAGCAAUUCUGGAAAAGCAUGAGGCGUACUUUGGGAAUGUUGCAAAGAAACGGGAAGAGAGCUUUGCUAAAAUUAGUUCGUCAAUCGGAGAGGCCAGUACAGAGCUUGCUAGAUGUCGCGAGCGGAAUACAGCAAUAAGGGAGCAGAUUGCGGAAUUAGAUACUAUGAUAGCUGCAGAACGAGCCCGAUGGCGGCAGCUUGCAGGGGACAGGCCUGAUGUAUAA